AUGGCUGAAGUGGCUGUGAGUUUGGUUAUGGAGAAAUUAACAAGUUUGCUCCGUAAAGAUGUAAAAUUGCUAAGAGGUAUCCAUGAAGAAGUUGAGGACAUUAAGGUUGAACUUGAGUUCAUUACAUGUUUCUUAAAAGAAGCAGAUGCAAGGGCUGUUAGAGAUCAAGAUGGUAACAGUAUUAAUGGAGUGAAAACAUGGGUGAAACUUGUAAGGGAAAUAUGGAUGACUACAUCCAUCGUCUCCAUAGCAAAUAAUAAUUUUCCAGGGAGCAGUAGUAAAUCACAAGUUCAUUCCAUCAUUGCGUUUCAAGUGGAUUUCAAGUUCUUGAAAGAAGUAGAUUUCGCAGGAGUUCCCUUGAGUUAUGUGUCCGAGGAAUUGGGGGAUUUGUUACACUUGAGAUACUCGAGUCUAAGAUAUACAAAGGUGAAAAUGCUACCAGAGUCCAUAGGUAAGUUACAUAAUCUCCAAUCUUUGGAUCUAAAACGUUCUCCUGUACACGAGCUACCAGCUCAGGGGAACAAGCUACACCUACAGUAUCUUGCAGCUUACUAUACAAGCGUGGACACACUUGAAGGGGAUGAGUUUUGCAUUGAAUUGGGAAGGUUGAAGAAACUGGGAAGUUCUAAGCUAAAACCAAAGCAUGGGGUUGCUUUCUGUACUGCCAUAGAGCAAAUGAACAAGCUUCAAUCAUUGAGCAUUAGCUCCAUAAAAGAUGAGUUCCUUCAACUGCAAUCCAUGUCUUAUCCUCCGGUUUCUCUUCGGAAGCUGUGCCUACGAGGGAGGUUAACAAAGCUGCCAGACUGGCUUUCUAAAUUGCACAACCUAGUUAGAAUUGGGUUACACUGGUCAAGAAUAUCCGAUGAUUCGCUUAAAAUCCUUGGGGUUUUGCCUAAACUAUUGAAGUUUCAACUGACAAAUGAGAUAUGAUGGAGCCCAACUGCAUUUUGAACGGGGAUAUUUUCACAGAUUCAAAGAACUAGCUCUCCGUAUAUUGAAUUGAUUGAAUAGGUUGACAAUAGAUGGAGCAUUCCCUUCUCUUGAAUGGCUAUCCAUUGGGCCCAGUCCCUACUUGGAAGAGUUGCCAUGGACCAUUUCUUGUUUGAAUAGCCUUAAGCAUUUAACAUUCCAUAACAUGCCAGUGCCACAUAGCUUUGCUCGAAGGUUGGUGCCUAAUGAAGGAACAGAUCAUUGGAAAGUUAAGCAUAUACCAAAUGCUGUCUUCUAUUACACCAAUGGAUCAAUGCAAUGUUAUGUCUACAAACUUGGCGACCCGCGCUUGUUGCAACUCCGCGAUUUGUUGUGUUUCAUGCAAGGUAUUAUCCAUUUAUAUAUAGAAAUUUGUGUUAUAGAUUGGGUAAAAAUAAAUAAAGAAUUGGUUAGAUAAUUAUUUAAUACAUAAACAAUU